AUGCCGAGUAGGGACCUUGUUCGUGUUCCAGGAAGUGUUGUGGUCAAGGGCGCUGCGUUGGUUCUUCUAGAACAGCACGAGGCGCUCGAAGACGCUCUUGAGGUCAACCCUGGAUGUGACCAGCAAAAGGAGGUCGGGAUUCUGCUUGAAGAGCUCCAGGCCGCUCUUGGGAGAGAUGGUAAGAGAGGUAAUGCGAUUUUGGUUGUCCCGGGUGUCGAUGUACUCGUACUGGCUCUCAGCAGGCACAAGGAAGUCCUCGUACAAGGUUUGGAGUGGCGAACGGCCCCGGAGUUCCUGGCGGCGAUGUUGUUGAAGAAGGUUCGUUAUGUCCUUGCCCAUGACUCCAACCCGAGCAGCAUCUAUCGCAGCAAGGAUGUGAGAAGGUCUACUGCCAGCGUUGGCCAUCUGGAUGACCUCUUCCUGAUGGACAGCCAAAACUCGGCCGGUUAUCUGGGUGCUGGACUUCCUCCGCUUGCUCUCGUGAAUUUCGGAGGAGCGUUGAUCUUUGUACUUGCGAGCCUUGGCACAUCUGAACUUGUAUUUGAGUCCGUUUUUCCCAUUCCUGACGAUGCUAUAGCCGUGUUCCUGUCCCUGGCCGUGGAACGGAAACUCAAAACCCAAGAUUUCGCCUUAUCGAGGAUUGCAGCAAAGACGUGGGGCCCGAGCCUAUCCAGGGCUCGGGAGGUCUACGUAAAGUGCAUCCGCAGUGCCAUAGCUUACGGAGCCUCCAGCUUCCACCAACCAACAGCUCCAAGAGCUACAGGGCCGAAGGGGCCUGCAAAGGUCUUGUCAAAAGCUCAGAACAGGAGCCUUCGAAUAGUAGUAGGGGCAUACAAGUCAGCUCCUAUUCGGUGCCUAGAAACAGAGGCCUGGGUGCCACCGCUAGACUUAUAUCUCAACAAGCGGCUGGCUGACUUCGAGGGCCGGCUACAGAAGCAGGCCCUACAAUCAGGGGCUGGGCCGGAGGCUGAGAGAAUAACCACGGGGCAUCUAAUCACUGAGGCCUGCAAUAAGGUCUACCGAACGUUCAACAAGAGGAGGAAAACCCGAGGCCGGAGGCCCCGUCAGGGCCCGCAGAGUCCCACGCCCACUGAACUAGCCGCUAGUGUAGUGGCCCAGUGGGUUAACUACAAAUGGAAGACCGGGGGGAAGGAUAGGGGGUCGAAUACCAAGGAGGUGGUCGAACUGGCCUGGCAGGCCCGGUGGGAACAACAGAGAGCUAGUCAACAAAGUACUACUCGACAGAGGGUAUUAAACAGGAGGAUAGCCGACGAAGACCCCCCAGCCCUCUUAUUUACCGACAAAGCUCUGACGGGACACGAAGGUCUUACAAAGGCGCAGAGCUCCCUCCUUUCCCAGGCCCGUAUCGGGGAUAUAGGCCUCCGGGACUACCUGUUCAGGGUGAAAGUCCCGGAGGUCCGCAACCCCUAUUGCGAGUGCGGGAGAGGCAGGGAGACGGUGGAGCACUUGGUGGUUUGGUGCCCCGACCCGCCGUCACAAAGGCCGUGGGACGGCAGAGAGAUUCGGUCACAUCGGGACCUACAAACCGUAUUACGGGGAGUAGGUGCCCGGAGCAGAAGAUUUGUUAAGAAGGUCCUUGGCUGGCUGAUGGACUCUGGCCGGCUACUGGACUAG